AUACUACCACGUCAAUUAUGGAUAGAAAAAAUGUUAUAUUUACAAGAGAUGACGUUAAGGUUUUGGAUAGAGAUGUGUUGACGUCCUCCUUUUCAUCAUUUCCCUUUGAUAUUUCUUGGAUCUCUUUAUUCUUGUUUUUUGCCCAUCGUUUCUUGACAUUUCCACCCUUCUUCUUAGAAUGAGCAAAUAGUGCUUGAUUUGAGUCCAUAUCUUCACUUCUUUCAUUAAAUUUCAAUUCUCUUGUCUACAGUGUGCUUAGCAAUUCUAAUGAUGUCACUUAUGUCAUAUCUUUUGUCUCUUCGAUUGUGCAUACUAUGUAAUCGAAUCUUGUAGGUAAAGUUCUUAAAAUCUUUUCACAAAAUUGUUGAUCAAAAAUUGACUCACCAUUUUGUGCCAUAGAGUUGGUGAUUACUCUAACUCCGUUGAAGAAUUCUUCAACCUUUUAUUGUUCUUUCAUCUCAAAUGCUCGUAUUGUCUUCUAAGUGCUUGAAGCUUCACCUUUUUUACCUUCGUGCCUCCAGUGUGACACCUCUCCAAUGUAUCACAAGUUUCUUUUGAUGAUGUGCAUGUUGAGAUCUUAUCAAAAUUUAUGUCACUGACACUUUGAUGAAUGAGAUAAAUUGCCUUGCAAUCCUUCUUCUUGUUUGCUCUAUAUGCGGUUCUUUGUGCUUUUGAAAAUCAAAUCUAGUGGUAAGUUUAAGAUUAUUAUCAUGUAAUAAUAAUGUCGAAUAAAAGUAGUAUAUCUAUUUAAAUUAUUUUUUUACGUUAGAAUUUCUAUCUAUAUUUGUCAACCAAUUACCUAGAACAUCGAUAACCUUGGCCGGCAGCAUGUUGUGCUCAAGGUCAUGUGUUUUAUGUUUAGCUUGAAAGACAUGUCUUUUUUUUUUUCCUUCUUCUGAUCCAUCCUCCUUUGAUGAUAUUUUCCAAAGAAUAAAUUAAUGGAAAAAGCUUAAUAUCACGAACAACACCUCUCAUGAAAAUAAAGAAUAGUGCAAUUUUUAUCAACUACCCAUCCAUGCAAUCCACAUUCUUAUUAUCCUCCGGCCACAAAUUUCCAAUCCUAGACUAGAUCCGUCAACUUAAUCUGAACCGUUUGAUCUAUAAUUAAUGAUCGAAAAACUGUGUUGUUUUCUACAGCAGGGAAGCUCAAUCCAACCGGGUAUCCCCACUUUAGCGUAUAUCAGCUUAAUAGCAACGCUACCCCACACAAUCACACAGUACUAAACUAACCAAUCAAACCAAUUAUUCUUCUAAAUCACAACAACCAAUAAUCGCUACUAUAUAAACUUUGCGUGCCUCACUUUGUUCUCAUCCGAUUUCAUUUCUCAAACUUUCUGACUCUAACACCACCAUGGAUCCCAAUCCGGGGACUCACCCCAUUCUCUCCUACGUCAUGUCUCGUCUCCAAUCUCUCAGCCCCAAAGCUCGUUCCCAAUCUAAACGCGAAUUCGACGUCGAAAAACCACACUCCCCAUCAUCAUUAUCUUCCCCAUCUGCAAUCGUAGGCCAAAUGCCAAAUCUAAUUGAUCCCAAAAUAAUCUCCGCCAUGACCCGUGCCAUUUCCGAUGUCUCGCAAGCCCGAUCAGUCCUAAAACAAAUCGGCGAUCGACCUACUCACGAAGAAAUCGACAUUGCCAAAGCCAAAUUGAUCGAUCUCGAUGUUCAAUUGUCUCGUCAAAUGGAAGAGAUCGCGACGCUCCAACGACCUCCGGAGAUCGACGAACAACAAUGGCAGAUUCAUAUUACUGAAAGAGAGACGAAAUGUAGAGAAUCUAUUGAUAAUGAGAGACGUAUUUAUAAGUCGCUGUUGCAAAAAGAUGAAAUGUUUGAUGCUUAUGAGAAGCUUUUGAAGAAUGCUGAGUCAAGGCUUGUGAAGAUUUAUGAAGAUGAUGGUGAUGUUGGUGAGAGUAGUAAUGGUGGUGAUGUGGCUGAGGAUGGUGAAUGUCAUGAAAGUAUUGCGAGGAUAUUGCUGGAGGCGCGUGAAAAAGAUAUUGAUCGCGUGGAACUUGUUGGGAAACGGUUGAGAAAGUUGCCGGAGGAAUUUUGCAACAUUGAUUCAUUGCUUGUGCUCAACCUCAACACUAAUCAGCUUUCGGUGAUUCCUGACACAAUAGCUGCGUUGCAAAAUCUCGAGGAGCUUAAUAUCUCUUCAAAUCUUUUGGAGUCACUUUCAGAUUCAAUUGGCUUGUUACAAAAGUUGAAAAUCCUCAAUGUCUCUGGAAAUAAGUUGAGUUCCCUUCCUGAUUCCAUCAGUCAGUGCAGAUCAUUGGUUGAGCUGGAUGCAAGCUUUAACAGUCUGACAUAUUUGCCAACAAACAUUGGAUACGAAUUACAGAAUUUACAGAAGCUUUUGGUUGGUUUAAACAAGAUACGAUCCCUUCCCUCAUCCGUUUGUGAGAUGAAGUCAUUGCGCUAUCUAGAUGCUCGUUUUAAUGAACUACACGGGCUUCCUAUUGCAAUUGGGAAAUUGACUAGUCUUGAAGUUCUCAACCUCAGUAAUAACUUCAGUGACCUUCAAGAACUACCAGAGACAUUUGGUGAUCUGAGUAGCCUCAGAGAAUUGGACCUUAGUAACAAUCAAAUUCAAGCACUUCCUGAUACAUUUGGUCGCCUUGAUAGUUUAACCAAGCUAAACUUGGACCAGAACCCUAUUGAAUUGCCACCUAUGGAGGUUGUAAAUGAAGGUAUCCUAGCCAUCAAGUCUUACAUGUCUGAGAGGUGGUUAGAUAUAUUGGCAGAGGAAGAGAAGAAAAACACACAUGAAUUGCAAGAAGGACAGAGUGGAUGGGUAACGCGAAGUACCUCCUGGUUGAAGAACGUUUCUGAAAAUGUAACUGAGUAUAUCGGAAAUACCAUGUCCCCCAAAAGUGCCAGAUCUCCCAAAUCUCCCAUAACUCCUAGAACUCCCAAAAGUAAUUAUCUUGAUCAGCCACUCUGAAUUAUGAAGUGACGGUCCAACAAGGCAUUGGGGACUUGCUACUGGAAGCUGCCCAACAUAUGUUACCUAAGGGGUGCGGAUGGUAACAUCAUUUCCUUUUAAAUAUCCAGCAUAAUAAGUUAAUAACAGUUUUGUUUACAUGCAAUAGACAAAUGAGAAAACAAAAUACCUUUUUAUUUUGAAGUUUUUUCCUCCAAUGGUCAAACCUUUGUGUUAUUUAUAGUUUCACAUUUUUUCCUCCAAAAUUAAUAAGCUUUGUGGUUUACUUUCUA